AUGCCGCCCUCACGUCAGCUCCUCCCACUCCUUAGCUCCUUGGGCAACUCGCGAUGGGCCCUCACUCGCACACUCCGUAGCGACAACCCGCUCGACCUAAACGGUGAACUCCGCGGCACGGCGACCUUCGCCCCGCUUCCCAACACUGCCGACCGCGACUGGCUAUACAGCGAAGAGGGCGAGAUACCUUCAGCAGUUACCGGGGGUGCUGCGCAACCUGGUCUGCGAUGGACUAAGAAGUACAUCUGGCGCGAUGGCGACGCCGGGCGCAUUAGUGUGUGGUUCGUCAAGAUUGCUCCGGGGCCCGAGGAGGCGGACUACCUCUUUCACAACUUUGACUUUGCCGAUGCGAUGGCCAAGCCUGAGGGUUCUGGCGAGGUAGAGGAGGCUGGAAGGGGAAAAGAGGAAGGAAAUGCCGAGUUCAUCACUCCACCGACACCUCCUACGAUUACUACGAGCGAUGUCGAGACGACGGUUCUCAUGGCCCGUGGGGAUCACCUCUGCAUUAACGAUAUGUACCGCACUGCAUACGCCUUCCGAAUCCAAUCAGAAACCGGGGAGGUGCUGAGCUGGGCUAGUCGGCAUGUCGUUAAGGGUCCGAAGAAGAACCAGGACAUUAUCAAUCGUUACGAGAGAGCGGUAUGA